AUGAUGCGAGGACAGCGUCGAUUCACAAAUAAUGCCCUUGAAUCUAUAAUAGCUUUCAAAAAACUUAAAUGUAUAAGUGAUUAUAAUAAAUUAAAAUUAGAAAUUGAAAAAGAAAUUGACAAUUUUAAUGCAAAGACACAUAGAGAUUUCUAUAGAGAUUGGGAUAAAAUAAAUACAAAUAUAAUACGAAGAAAUAAUGAAAUAAAUGAUUGUGUUAAAAAAGGACAUAUAUUAAAUGAUUUAUUUGUAGUUGAUACAAUAAAAAGUUUUAGUAUAAGAUGUCCUAAUCGUAAUGCACCUACAUGUAGUAAUAGGUCUCCAUCUCAAGUUAGAAAAUCUCCUGCUUCAAAAAAAACUGUUUCAGAAGAAUCAUGUAAAGCAAGUAAGGGUUGUAAUAAAGAAAUAACAGCAACCGAAUUAGAAAAAGGUAAAUCACAAUCGAUAUCUCCGGAAGUAGACUCUAAAACAGUAAGGUCCCCUGGAGCAGAUCCCAAACACCAACAUCAAAAGAAUUCUAUUAGACAAGAUCAAAGAAAUACAAACAUAAUUUCACAAUUGCAACCGAGCGUUUCGCGUUCUGAUCCGCUUGUUGUAGCUGAAGUCAAAGAGUCUGAACAAAGUGAUAAUGGGGGUUCUACUUCACCUAAUCGAGAAGAAGCUCAUGCACAAACUUUACCAGUCGUAGGACCUUCUAAAGAAAACACAUUUGAAAAUCAUCCAAGAGAUCAACAGUUACAAAGUGCCACUACUGUGGAAUCUGAUUCAGGUGACUCUUCUCAAGUAAGGGAUUCAGAUGAAAAUACUCCUCAAAGUGAAACACUUCGUGACGAAAAAGUUGGUGUUAAUACUACUGAUCAGCAAUCUAAAGUUGUUACAGUUCCUCCAAGAGAUAAUGUUGAUGGCCAAGCUGUUGCUACUAAUACACGUGUUCCUGAAUCUGCUGCUGAAGGAGUUUCCCCAAAUCAGAAUAAUCAUCAAGGAGAUCGUAUUAGUGCAUCAACUGGUAAUUUGAGUUCCCCUAGUGCAGAACUUGAUACAAGAAAUGAUAAUCAUACUGGUAGCGUGACUACUAAUAGUGAACCUUCUCCUGUUGAAACUGCUUGUACUGAAGCAUCUAGUGAUCAAGCAUCUGGAAGUGAAACUCCUUGUUCUAAUAGAGAAGAUAGUGAAUUAUUUAAUGAUAAUGGUAACAUACUAGACAGACUUAAAGAUUUUUUCGAAUCAAUACCAAAUAAUGAACGUGUCAUAAAAACUUCAGCACCCAUAGGAAUUGCUCUAUUAUUGGGCCUUCUUUUUAAAUUCACCCCUUUGUGGAGGGUUCUUACUAAAAAGAAUAGGAAGAAAGGAGCAGUUAUCAAUGAAGAAUUGAAUAGUGUACUACAAGAACCUUCAAUUAUGGAUGACGAAAGAAGUAUCCCAUUUUCAUAUGGUGCUUUUGAAUAUUCAACAUUUGAUCAAAAUGUAUAUUAAAAAAUUGAUCAUUUCUAUAUAUAAUUAAAUAUGCAAUGAAAAUUAAUAUUUUUUUGGUCGUAUAUUUUUAAUUAUAUUUUUUGAUAAUUUUGCGUAGAAAUAUUUGCGUCAUAUUUCAGAAAAUGCAUAAUUUUAAAAAACGUAUAUGGAAAAUAUGGGUUUCAUUAUUGUAAUUAAAGUACAGCCAUAUAAUAACAGUAUAUUUUUUUGUUUAUUUUUAAAUCUUACAUAUUUUCUGAAAUUUUAUAUGAUGAAAGAUUUUUUAUUUAGUACGUAUACAUAUAUUGUAAUUCAAAUGAAUGUAUACUAUUAUAUGUCUGAUUCAAUAUUUUUUUUACAUUAAUCAAAAAUUAAAACAUAAUUAACACUUUUUUGUUCUUAUUUAAACACUAUUAUUUGGUUUUAAACUGAAACUAAAUUAAAAUUUUUUAUAGGACCGUAAAUAUUU